UAUUCCUGAAGCUCACUCAGUGCUACUGGCUGCUUUGAUGUCCACUGCAGGGUGGAUGUGAGUAGAAACACUCCUGAAGUAGUAUGCAGACGCCACAAGCUUCAACAUUCCUUUCAAUUUUUGCAUGGACAACGUUGGACGCCAUGCAGUUGUAGCAAUUCUGAACCUUCCGUGGGAUUAAAAGUCUCUUAGUUGGAUCAGUUCCUACAUUAGAAAAUAUAACCUACCUUCUUCUUUGGGGAAACAACAGUAAAAAAGUGUCUAGAAUCUGGAGGUAAGUGAGGAUUUUGUUGAGCAUAUUUAACCAUCAAGGCUAAACUUUGUAAUGUCUUAUGUGUGCAUAGUGAGUUUAAGCACAGUUUUUAUAGUAAAAUGGAAAUACAUUCAUGAAUACAGUCAGUUUCUGAGGCAAGAAAGUAAAUUUUCCUUUGAAAGUAUGACAUCAUACCUGAGAUUUGCUGUAUAUUUACUGUUAGGAAAUCUUGUAGCCUGUUAAGCAUUGAACUAAAUUCUGAUGCAACUCCUACAUACAUACAUGUAUAUAUACAUAUGCAUCAGUAGUGGAAGUGAGAAUUAAGCAGCUGUUGGUUUAAUAGGAAAGCUGAUCUGCCCACAGUCCAUUAAGUGGUGGGUUUGCUGACGUUUCCUGGCAGCUUUGUUCCAUCAGGGACUUUUUAUAUGGUCGAUCAUCACAUUUGCCCUGCCCUGCUCCACUGGUAUAAAGUACAUGAGGAAACAUCUCUGCACAGCACAGAGACAACAGGACGCUCACUGACCUCCCACAGCCAUGAUGCCUGCAGGCUGCUUCUUCUUUCUGCUUCUCCUCACAGGUGGAAAGGCCUCCGAUUCAGAGCAACAAGUGCCUGAUGAUCAUGAACGUGAGUUUGAGGAGAUUCCAGGUGGAAAUACUUCCAGUUUAGAGUCUACAGAACUUCGUGGUAAUGAAACAGGUGAUAAACCCAAACGUAGCUAUAAGUGCAACUUCCAAGCUGUUAUAAACUACCUGAAACUGAUCGAAGACAAGCCUAAAUACACCAUGAGCCGGCCAGUUGAAGAUCACAGUACUGCUACACUGAUAUAUGUUUCCAUGGCGAUUUAUGCCAUCCUUGAUGUGAGAGAACGCGACCAGACUUUUGUUUCUUACGUAUGGAUUUGGUUGAAUUGGUACAAUGAGCACAUUUCUUGGAAUCCAUCUGACUUCUGUGGACUUGAACAUAUAACAGCCCCGACUGAAUUUUUGUGGAUGCCAGAUCUAACCAUUAAAGAGAUGACAGAGAAGGACAAAAUCCAUCCAAGUCCUUACCUCAAAAUUAACCAUGAUGGUGUGGUUGAAUAUCGGGAUGAUCAGGUGGUGGUCAGCACCUGCAAGAUGCAUAUUUUCAAAUUUCCCUUUGACACUCAGACAUGCAGUUUCUCCUUCAAGUCUGUCUUGUACUCUGAUAAAGAAGUGCAGAUACUCUUCAACCCAAACAGUAAAGAGCUCACGGAGUAUUCUCGUAAGGUGAUACAGACGCGGUAUGAAUGGCUGUUCGUCAGCUUGACUUCCGAAAACACAACCGAAGACUUGUAUUUUAUCAACCAAACUGCAAUUGUUUACUCUAUCACCAUGAAGAGGAGGGCUAUCCUCUACGUUGCCAACUUCUUGCUGCCUGUCUUCUUCUUCUUGUGUCUGGACUUGGCCUCCCUCCUGAUUUCCCACAGAGGAGGUGAGAAGCUCAGCUUCAAGGUCACUGUGCUGCUUGCUGUCACAGUGAUGCAGCUUAUUCUCAAUGAAAUUCUGCCUGCAUCAUCACACAGGAUCCCACUUAUAGCGACCUACUGCAUUGGGGUUUUUGGUAUGAUGCUGCUCAGCCUCAUGGAGACAAUUUUUGUGAUGUAUCUGAUGGAGAAAGACUUCCAAGACGAUGAGACUGACGGAGACCAAAGCCUGAAUGAGAUCCAUGAGGACAAACUGGACAAAGGCAACUUCCACAGCUGUUUCAGAGGAGUAAAGAAAUGUGUUCACUGUGCAUCUGUAAAUGAUGCAUCUGCUGAUGAAACAUCUGUGCCCAAAGAGGGCAGCAGCCAGCUGACGGAGGUGUCUCUUGCCUUGGAAAAGGUCUCAGAUGAGCUUGGAGAGAUCGACAGAAAAAUGAUUCAACUCAGCAGCAACAAGGAGGAGAAGUCCGGCUACUGGACCAGAAUGGCAAAAAAAAUCGACAAGGCUUUCUCUAUUAUAUAUGUCAUAUCUGCUUCUAUGUUUUUAGUUACCAUCUUUACAGUGUGGGCUACUUAAGAUGUUGAUGAGUAGUAAAGUCUGAAAAGAGGUUGAAUUCACCAUUCAUUUAACACUAGCAUUAACUAUUAUGUAGGAUUGCAGCCAUGAUUCGUAGAGACGUUGGUCUGGUGGGAGUGGCUUCGGACAGAGAGAGGAGAGCUGAAGGUGUCUUUGGUCUCGGAUAUUGUUCAGUUUAGUUCUAGUGUCAUUCUGGAAAGUUCUCUGUCCUAGUGUGUCUUUUGUGUUUUUACUUCCUCCCUUUGUCUCGCUUUCCCUCCUUUUUUGAUUGCCCCAACUGGUUUGACCUGUGUCUUCUUCCCUAUUUACUUGUCUGUGCAUAAUAGUCCUGCAUCUUUCUUUGUCCAUCACCAGUUUGUCUUGUUUGUCUUCCUGUUCAGUUCCCUCGUGUGUUCCAGCCUGAUUCCUUCCUUGUUCCUUAUGUGCUGCUAUUGUUCCAGAGGUUUGAGAACACUGUUUCCUGGUAUGUAACAUAAUCUGACAUCUUUCAUAGUUAUCCCAAAAGUUCCAUUUAAAACAUUCUGUCUUCACUUUUUAACUUAUAUUAACGUCAUUUGAAAUUACAGAUAUCAUUAAAACAUUCUUUGAACAUUGGAUUAAAAUGUUAUCUUUAAUAUAUCAUUAGAACUUGUAGGUAAUGUUAGCCAGUGUUAUCGGAACAUUCCCUGCUUGCCCUGGGAAUUGUGGCAACGCAUCUGACACAUAUACUCAUUAUUAAUCAUUAAAAAAAGCAAAAAACUUAAUCUUUCAAAUGCACAAUAACAUAUAUUUAGAAGUGUAAUUUAAUGGGAGUGUAGCUGUAUUAAGACUGGAAUUAAAUGCUCAACUAUACGAAUAUGGUCCAGUUAAAGGGUUAUUCCUUAUCUACAUUUGCAUCUGCGUUUAACAUAUGAAUGUAUUAUAAUGUAUCCAUGUGAUAGAUGAAAAAUCUUGAUAUCUCAUUCUUAAAACAUGCGUUAUUUGACUGUAACUUCACUCUUCUCUGUUUUAAUGUAGUAUACAUAAGUUUUGCAAUGUGCAUUUGUCUCCUAAUAAAAGCAUGAUUACAGCAAAGAAAAACUCCCUGGCA